AUGAAGCUGAGGAUCUCCCCGCUCACUGUAGCCAUCUCCUCAGCCAUCUUCCGGCGACGAGGCGAGGGAAACGUCGCCAAGAAGGGCAAGAAGGGCGAGAAGGACGAACUCAUGAAGCUUCUGACGGCCAUCGGGCGCUUGGUGCUGGCGCAGGCUCGAGCGGUUGCCGAAUUGGCGGCAGUGGUAUACGUGACCUUCAUGAUGCCCCUCUCGAGGGGGCUCCCCGCCGCCAUGCAGGCGGCGGGCAAGAAAUACGAGAACGACAGCAAGUCCAUGAAGGAGUCAGGCGCCUCGCAGGAGCAGUACAAGAAACGAGGCCCUCCGCACAUUCACGUGUUCCUGGCGGCGUUCCAGUACGUGGCGGAGCGCACGGCGGCGGAGGGGCAGGAGGAAGAGAAGACCAACGCGCUCGAGGCCAAGGAGGUGUGGACCAACCACAUCGCCUCGAGCGGCAUGGAGGACAUCGCGGAGGCGGUGCUGUACUUCAGGCUGAAGGUGCUGCGCAAGGCAUUGACAGGAGACGGGGGCAAUGUGUUAGCAGCUCUCAGAGAUUGGCGGAGCUGGAAGCUCGAGGCAGCAUCAGUGCAGAGACCGCGGCUAUGGCUCGAUCUGGGGCCGUGCUGGCAAGUAGCUACGCUGACGAAGAUCUGCCUGUCCACCCGCUGGUCUACCUUCCUGGCCACGGCCGAGGCGCGCCGAGCAGACGUGGCGGGCGCGGACGUCGCGACGUUCGUGUGGCGCUUGUUCGCUGGAGUGACUUUCUGCCAGGUGCACGGCAGGCCUUUUCCGAAACCACCCUUCAUGGGCAAGUUUGCGGCGAUGCGAAUGAGUGUGAAUCCGCCCAGCGUGGGCCUGCAGCCGCUGCUUCUUGCGGCGGCCGUCCUCCCCCUGGUGCUUGUGACGCUCAUCGUGAAGGGCUUCUGGGCGAUCCUGCCAUCGAUGAACUACCUCCUGGAGCCGACCUCCAGCCCGCUAGUGUUGAUCUGCAUCAAUGCGGUGGCAACCUCGCCUCUGCUGAACGCCCCCACGAUGCAUGCGCCGCCCCCCAGCAUGGCAGCGAUGCUCUGCAUGAUUACGGUGGCGAGCUCGCCGAGGCUGCCGCUUCUCAGCAAGCACUGCAUGAGGGCAUUCCCCUUGUCGGCGCAGUUAUCGGCCGUCAGCGUGAUUCAUUCCGGCGAGGUGAGCGACCGCAAGAUGAUCACAUGUGGGCGCCGACAGUUGCGGGCCGCGUUCGCUUUAUCACUCUGCAAUGGCUUCUUCUGGUCGCGCCCGGCGGAGGCCCCCCGGCGGAGCCGCUGGGCCCCCCCGGCAGCGGCGAUGAGCGAGCACGCGCUCGUGCCCCUGAGCGGCGCCCGCUGCGAGAGCGUCCAGGCGGUCGAGUCGCCGCCCGAGCCCUGCCAGGAGCCCCUUGCCGAGCAGAUCUUCGGGCGCAAGCGCUUGUGCCACAUCGAACAGGGCGUAGACAGGCUGCAGCGGGCCUCGCGGGAGCAGCAGGACGCCGUGUCGAACCUGGAGGCCGGCCUACAGGAGAGGAUCUCGAAGGCGGACUUGCGCCGGGAGAUAAGCCUCGCCUUCCAGGAGCUCGACAGGCGCGUCGAGGACGCCAUCCUGGACUCUGGCCGGAAGUGCCUCGCCCUUUUCUCCAGGAAGGACGACACGUUGCAGCUGUCCGAGCGGGUGGACAAGAAGGUGAGCUGGGCCGAGCACAACGCGGUGCUCAAGAGGCUCUCCGACCUCCGGCUGUACGUGGAGACCAUGGCGAACGAGACCUUCGUCGGCCACAGGGAGGCGCUCAACGCCGAGUUCGCGAAGAAGGCAGACGCCGAGAUGGUCCGGGAGGCGCUCGCCGCGAAGGCCGGCUGCGACGAGGUGCGCGGCCUCACCGAGCGCGUUGAGAGGCUCGAGGCCGCCGCUCGGGAGGCGGGGGCGCAGCAGGCCGCCGCGAUCGAGGCGGGCUGCGCGCAGCUGGAGGCCCAGAUCCGUGGCCAGCUCGAGAAGCAGCAGGCCGCCCUGGCGGAGAGCGAGGCCGCCAUCGCUGCGUUGCGGUCCGAGGUGGCGCAGCAGGCGCGCCGCCUGGCGGCAGCGGAGGCAGAGACGAGACAGUCCUCCGAAGCUUCCAAUAAGCUGAAGAGAGCCCUGCAGGCGCUCCAAGACCAGUACGACGAGGCCGUGAUGCCCGCGCUCAAAACGAUGAAGGAGAAGCUGAGCAAGAUGGAUUCGGUGGCCCUGAAGACGACGGACGACCUGAUGAGGCUCACCGCGGGCAGCAAGUCAUUCCAGGAGGUCUCCCAGAAGAGCGCCGAAGAGCUCUCGCGACAGGGCACGGCCUGCAAGGAGCAGAUUGAGUUUCUCGUGCAGGCUACGGACAUGAUCAAGCGCAAGGCACGGGAGUCGACGAAGAGCACGACCGCGAAGUUCGCGGAGCUCGCCGAUGAGGACGGCCGCCUCCGCGAGCAGCUGGCCGCACUCGAGCGCGGGCUGAAGAAGCAGGAGCGGGACUUGCGCGCAGCCGGCCGUGCCCUGCCUGCCCCCGAGCCGCCCCCGGACCCCAACGAGCGGCUCGUGGGGGUCCUGCAGCAGCUGGAAGCCAUUGCGGGCGGCGGCAACCCACAGGGGUCGAAGAACGACCUCACGGUGUAUCCGAGGCAGCGGGAUCAGGCCGCGCUGAUGGGCGGCUCUAAGACGGAGCGGCCGCCGCUGCCUGUGCCCACGGGGCAGACGACCCCGCGCGGGAGCGACGGGGAUUUCGCCCUGGCGAGGCUCGCGGCCAUCACGGGGCAGACGCAGAUCGACUCCAGAAGGAGCUAUUCCUCCGUGGAGUCGCCGCGGCGCAGCGUGGCUGCCGGAGGGGGCACGGCCAGAAUGACCCGGUAG